AUGCCUCGCCCCACGUCUCUCCAGGACGCUUUACCUGCCACAGACGUCACUUCAAUAUCUUCACGGUGGACUCGUUUGAGCGAUAAACUCAGGAGAGUCUUCCGGGGCGCAGACCCGCGGGUCUGCGCUGCUUUCUGGCUAUUCGGCCUGGUCAACAAUGUCCUCUAUGUGAUUCUACUCUCCGCAGCGCUCGACCUCGUCGGCCCCGAUAUCCCUAAAGGCCUCGUCCUCCUGGCGGAUAUUAUACCCUCCUUCGCGACCAAGCUGAUCGCCCCGUACUUCAUCCACCUCGUACCAUACUCUACCCGAGUCCUGAUCUUCGUCUUCCUCUCAGUCGUCGGCAUGCUCAUCGUGGCCAUGAGCCCGAGUUAUACAGAUGGGGGAACGAUCGCAUCCAAGGUUGCAGGAAUCAUCCUGGCGAGUCUCUCGGCUGGAGGUGGCGAACUUAGCUUCGUCGGACUGACACAUUUCUACGGACCGUUCAGCUUGGCCGCUUGGGGAAGUGGUACCGGGGCCGCGGGCUUAGUCGGUGCUGGCGCAUAUGCCCUUGCGACGUCAGCCCUGAAUAUAUCGGUCCAUGUGACUCUAUUUGCCUCUGCGCUUUUGCCAAGUGUUAUGGCUCUUGCUUUCUUCGUUGUUUUGCCCAGAGCGCCUUUACAAUCGUCCGGUUCGGCGGCUACAGAAGGGUCUGGGUCUUACUAUGCGGUUGAAAGAGAUGAACAUCCCAAUGAUGAUGAAAUGGACGUAGAUAGACACAAUGAGCAAGACGACUCGGGAGAAUCGCAGGGCCUUCUUGCUGUUUCGGCGCAUUCGGAUACCCUGAAAUCGGUGCAUACUACGGAAUACAGUACUUGGUCAGAGCGCACGAGAAUGAACUUGCGUCGUCUAGGGAAACUUUUCUUUCCAUUGUAA